AUGGGAACGAAUUACCUCCGGCGGGACAUUUGGCAGAGGAAGCCACUGUAUGAUCUCCGCCUGGAAAACCGGGCCUCGUUAAAAAUCAGCUAUAAGAGGUACGCAAUUCGUACGGGGAAUGAGUCAGCUCCGAUAGACGAUGUGAUUAUCCAGAACUUUCUCAGAAUGGGAUAUAUCAACUCAGUUUCCUUUGAACACCGGGAAUCCACUAGGAUCAUUAAUUUCUGGAAUCAGAUUUUCAGACCGAAGAUCUGUAGAUCUGUAUAUGCGCCAGCAGCUGAGAGGAAAGUCCCACGGCAUGAUCGUCCGGUUGAACAGAAAAAGGCUUUGAAUUCUAAUCUCAUGGGUUUCUUUGCGGAGGAUGUAUGGGAGAUGCAAAGCUUCAGCCCCAAACGUCUCACUGGUGAGCCAGGGCAAACCAUAAAAUGA